GGAGAAACAAACCCGGAAUAACCUGCUGCUGAUCCGGGACAGGACCUGAAGACGGGACCUGGAGACAGGAGGGAUCAGAUCACUGCAUUAUCGAUCAGUCUAUCGAUCAAGAUUACAGUUGACUCAGGUGUUUGAGACUCUGCCGGACCCGGGUCAGGGAGGACCGAGUCAGACUUAGCCCGGAUACAGAGACCAGAUCCUGGAGGAGAUCCCUGAUCAUCACCGGGAUAGACGGGAGCAGACCAGAGUUAGCUGUUAGCUCGGUUAGCAUAGUUAGCUUCCAGCCGGCUCCAGCAGCUGUAGCAAUAGCUAGCUGCUAACCUAGCCUAGCUCCCCCGGCUAGCUCCAGCAUGAGGCUGAAGGUGGGCUUCCUCCUGAGGUCUCUGGUGGUCAUCGGGACGUUCCUGGCUCUGGUGGUCCUCUGGUCUUCCCUAUCCCCCAAACCCAACGAGGAGAACUUUUUUUUGAGACAGGCGGGUCCUGCCCUACCUAAAGUGGACCCUGCAGACCAGUUUAAGCCUGUGGUACCCUGGCCUCAUGUGGAGGGGGUGGAGGUGGACCUGAACUCCAUCAGACUCAAACAAGGGUCUGACACUUUCAAGAAGCCGGAGCCCCAGUUGGACCAGAAACAGGUGAUCCAGCAACAGUAUGUGACCUUCAGACCCCACAGUCAUGACUACAACAGCCCCGUCCUGAAGAAAGGCAUUCUGGGUAACUUUGAGUCUGAAGAACCAGAGCCCCCUGGGGUCCCUGGGGGUCCAGGAGAGAGUGCCAAAGCUUUUGUCCUGGGUCCAGAGUACAAAGACGCCGUGCAGGCCUCCAUCAAAGAGUUUGGCUUCAACAUGGUGGCCAGUGACAUGAUCUCCCUGGACAGGACCAUCAGUGACAUCCGCCACGAUGAGUGUAAGUACUGGCACUAUGAUGACCGACUGCUGACCUCCAGCGUGGUGAUAGUGUUCCACAAUGAAGGCUGGUCUACGUUGAUGAGGACCGUCCACAGUGUGAUCAAGAGAACACCACGCAGAUACCUGGCUGAAAUCGUCCUGAUCGAUGACUUCAGCAACAAAGCCCACCUGAAGGAGCGUCUGGAGGACUACAUCAAACAGUGGAAUGGUCUGGUCAAACUGUUCAGGAACGACAAGAGAGAGGGACUGAUCCAGGCCAGGAGUAUCGGAGCCAAGAAGGCCAGCAAAGGACAGGUGCUGAUCUACCUGGAUGCUCACUGUGAGGUUGGAAUCAACUGGUACGCUCCACUGGUGGCUCCGAUAUCUAAGGACAGAACGGCGUGCACGGUGCCUCUGAUCGACUCCAUCAACGGACAGACGUACGACAUCUCGGCCCAGGGCGGAGGAGACGAGAACAACUUCGCUAGAGGUGCCUGGGACUGGAGCAUGCUCUGGAAGAGAGUCCCUCUAGGAGAGAGAGAGAAAAGAAAUAGGAAGACUGUCACUGAGCCAUAUAGGUCUCCAGCUAUGGCGGGGGGUCUGUUUGCCAUCGAGAGAGACUUCUUCUUUGAACUGGGUCUCUAUGAUCCAGGACUGCAGAUCUGGGGAGGGGAGAACUUUGAAAUAUCCUACAAGAUCUGGCAGUGUGGUGGUCAGCUGCUCUUCGUGCCGUGCUCUCGGGUUGGUCACAUCUACAGGCUGAACGGAUGGCAGGGGAACCCUCCUCCUGCACAUGUGGGAUCAUCACCAACUCUGAAGAACUAUGUACGUGUGGUGGAGGUGUGGUGGGAUGAAUAUAAGGACUACUUCUAUGCCAGCCGUCCUGAGACUCUCUCAUUGGCCCACGGAGACCUGACAGAGCUCAAACGCUUCAGGGAGGAGCAUCGCUGUAAGAGCUUCAAGUGGUUCAUGGAGGAGAUCGCCUACGACAUUCCUCUGAGUUACCCUCUACCCCCUAAGAAUGUGGAGUGGGGGGAGAUCCGGUGCUUAGACGACAAGUAUUGUAUCGACAGUAUGGGACACACCAAUGGGGGGACCGUGGAGAUCGGACCCUGUCACAGGAUGGGAGGGAACCAGUUGUUCCGGAUCAAUGAGGCUAACCAGCUAAUGCAGUAUGACCAGUGUCUGACCACAGGACCAGAUAAAACGGCUGUUAUCAUCACACAUUGUGACAGGAACCAACACACGGACUGGAAGUACUUCAAGGAGCUGAAUCGGUUCAUUCACUUACCAACAGGGAAGUGUCUGGACCGCUCCGACCUGCUGCACACGGUCUUCAUCGCCAACUGUGACAGCAGUAAAACCUCUCAGCGCUGGGAGAUGAACAACAUUGUUGCUGUGUGAGCCAAUCAGACAGACAGACGUGGAGGCUGGGUGGAGAACACGCCCACCAGACUGCUCUAGACGUCACGCACACACAUUCAUCCACACAUAUCUAAUGUUUCCCCCCAGCUCGGUUCGGUUCAGUAUGCUAUUAUUUAAAGGUCCUAAGAUCUGCACCAUCCUAACGUUUAUCACUGAGGGUACCUGUCUGACCUCAGUGGGAGGAGCUUGUCUCACUGAGGAUACCUGUCAGACCUCAGUGGGAGAACUAGUCUCACUGAGGAUACCUGUCUGACCUCAGUGGGAGGAGCUAGACUCACUGAGGAUACCUGUCUGACCUCAGAGGGAGGAGCUAGUCUCACCGAGGAUACCUCAUAAGCUGCUAUGAUGUCACACUUUGUAGCUGACGCGGCUUUCUUCAUCCGUCUGACACUGCUGAUGACCAAAUAUGGUUAUGGUGUCAGUAUUGUUACAAAACUCUAGAACCCAUUUUAAAAGGAACCCUGCAUGAUCAGACAAGUUCAUCUUGUUGGAUGAAAUAUCCAUCAAAAUAUCUAUCCAACAAGAUGAACUUGUCCGAUCAUGCCGGUUUCUUUUAACAGUUUGAGGUCCUGACUGAUGGAUUCUGGUUUAAGAUUUUUCUUCAACCCUAAAUCUGGUCUCUAAACCGCCUCUUUGUUCUUAGAUUUUCUGUCUGUGCUCUAAAUGUCUGACUUAUCUCUGAGCUUUAGAUUCUUCUCUGUGGCGUACCAAAAUUUCUCUAAAUAUAUUUUAGGUUUUUCUCUGACAUCAAUCGUAAACAGGGAGAGGAUGGACCAAUCACGUUAGCUCUGCCCAUUGUUGCUGUGUGCUGUUCUCCCUUGAUCUCACUAACAUAGUCCCAACAUUCUGUCACACACACACAGUAAAAGACUGAGAAACAAAAAUCAUCAUCAAACUUGAACAGGAAUUAUUAAAAAUCUGUACAAGAUAGAAAAAAGUGACUCUAGCAUAAUGUAGCUAAAUCAUUUGUUUACUUUUUAAAGCCAAAAUGAAGUCUGUAGGAGGAGCUGGGGGUGGAGUUUUAGGGCUUAGAUGAUAUGUGUGUGAUAGAAUGUUAGGACACUCUUGUUGAGAUCAAAGCAGAGCAGCACAGCAAUAACAGGCAGAGCUCACCUGAUUGGUCCAUCCUCUAACUGUUUCCUAUUGGUUCGUCCAUCCUCUACCUGUUUCCUAUUGGUCGGUCCAUCCUCUACCUGUUUCUGAUAGAUCGGUCCAUCCUCUACAGAGGUACAUUUAGAGCUCAGAGAAAAUCUCAGAACAAGCAGGCAGUUUUGAAUGGAAAGACUGAAGAAUAUUUGAACCCUGAAUCAAUAAGUCAGGACCUUAGAACGUUUCGAUGAGUUCUAGAGAUUUGUAACAAUAAUGACUCUGUACAUGGUCAUCUGUGGAAUCCCAAUCUAGAUCAGGAUUAACCAUCCCAAAACAUGCCAACCUGUACUGAACCGAACCACACCGCUGGGCAGAAACUCAGAAUCUCUCUCUCUCAUUGGUUACACUCCUGCUGGGCUGAUCUGGACCCAUGCUGCUCUCUGAUUGGUUGUUCAGAGCUCUUAGGUUUUGAUUUUUUUUGUUUUUUUUGUUUUUUUUUUUUGUUUGUUUAAACUCCUUUACCGUCUGUUUUUGAUCCUCUUCAUCACUCUCAGCCCACUAACCAAAGAGUCCUCCUAUUGGUGGAGGAGUCUGUGACAUUAUUAUGGGGAUCAGCAACAAGGAGGCAUGGCAUUAGAGGAUGUUUACGUCAGAGUCUCAGAUGAGACAGUACUGAGCCAUUCAGAGGCCAGCUUUAUUAAUGUGAUCAAUAAAUGUAUUAACCUGAUCAGAUCCUGAUAAGAGAAAACACUCCACAACAGGCAGACUGGAACCGGGAACAAACUUAAUUUCCUCUUCCUUUAAUUUAUUCAGUCAUGGGAUCAUUCUUCACAGUCUAUAUGAGCAUGAGUAUCCCAGUUAUUAGCCCUAUCCCAGCUCUGAUCAUAGUGGGGAUAUGGUGUUUGUACAUGGACGUUAGUAUUCCAGUUAUUAGCCUUAUCCCAGCUCUGAUCAUAGAGGGGAUGUGGUGUUUAUAUGGACGUUAGUAUCCCAGUUAUUAGCCUUAUCCCAGCUCUGACCAUAGUCAGGAUGGUGUUUAUAUGGAUGUUAGGGUCCCAGUUAUUAGCCUUAUCCCAGCUCUGGCCAUAGUGGAGAUAUGGUGGUUCCUCUAAUCAGGAUCAGGGCUAAUCCUGAGUUCUAAAACUGAGAUAUACUGUUUACAUGUUCAACCACCAAGCAGGAUCCUUAACCUGGAUCAAACCCAGGUACUCUGGUCCAUGUGAACUCUGUCUCUGCUCCAUCCAGGCCUCUCUUCUUAAACAGGAACCAUUGAUCUGUCCUCAUGCUAACAAUCGAUUAACCAGACCUUCUCUACUGUCACCAACACUAACCUCUGGUUGGUUUAAGUUUCUUUCUGCUGAUUGAUUGAUCAGUGAUUGCUCGGUGAUUGAUCGGUGAUUGAUUAGCUCCAGUGAGGAGGACUCCUGCCUUAUGAUAGACUGAUGAAGGUCCCGGAUGUGACCAGCUGACUGUGACUCCUGAUGAUGACUAACCUGUUGUUCUGGGGUUGAACUCAUGAAGAAG